ACGUGGUCGAACGUGUAUAUAUCUGUUUUAAUGGAGGAGCCUCAUUCAGAUCCCGACUCAGUUAUCCACAGUGAUGAGGAAGAUUUGCCUGGUUCACAAGAGUCCCUGGGACUCAGCCAGGGAACCCUGAACGAGUUAAUGGAAGCUAUAAAAAGCAACGGUAGUAUCACUGAAGAGUUCUAUGUUUGUGAGGAAGAGUCUUCAUCAGUGACUGAGAACAGUUCAAGUAUGGAUAGUAUCACCAUACAGAGGUCACUCCUGACUCCAGCUUCAUUCAUGAACUCACAGCAGCAGCAGCAGCAGUCACAGCACAUGCUACCAAUCAGUUCUUCUUACAGCUACCCUCAGCCUCCUCCUCCUCCUCUCUAUCAUGUCUAUGGUGACUCAGGCUCUGCUGUCUCCUCUGCUAACACCACUCCAACAAGAGUCACUCCUCCCGGUGAUAGCCCAGCUGCUAUGAGUGACUGCAGUGGGUCUUAUUCUCACAUGCACGGGAUGCCAUUCAUAAGGAAGAAAGUCCCAUCUAAUAUACCCAUGCCUGGUGAGUAUGGCUUUACUCUGAUCUUAAAUGAUGAUGAUAACAGCAAACCACCAAAGACUGUACCAUUCACAUAUUCUAACCUUAUGAAAAGGGCAUACAUUAAAAGAGACUCUACAGUUGGCAUGACAUUUUCCUUCUCAAAAGUCCCUCCACCGAAUGCUGUCAUAAGGGCAAUGGCCAUUCACAAGUCUCCGGACCUGAUUGGGGAUAUAUUGCAGUGCUGCCCUAAGCAUAUAGAGGAUCAGAAGAAAAGAGGUCAUCAGUUUCCAAAGCAUUUUAUAUGUGGAGCAGCUAAAACAGAAACCAUCUACUGUGAGGACCCCGCCUCCGGUAGACUCUCUAUCACUAUGCCUAUCAGCUCACUCCAAGCCAAGUCAUUGACCAGUGGUAGUGUUCAAGCUUUUUUCGUAUUCCCGUGCUUUACGUCAGAAUUACAUAAAGGACCAGGACAAGUGGCUCAGUUGAUAUUCACAUUGGAAAUAGGAGGAGUCCUUUAUGGUAGAGCUGUCGUGGAUAUCAGAGUAUGUGCUUCUACAGGAAGAGACAGAGACAAUGAUGAACAGAAACAAUCAACUCCUUCCACCAUCGACCCUCUAGUUGAUCUCAAGAAGUCAAGGAAGAGACCUGCUUUGACUCAAAACGUUGAGUGUGCCAUUCCUUCCAAAGUAUCACGGACUAGUCUAUCAGCCAAACAAUCCUUUACUGUUGAGACGUAUCCCGAACUGUUUCCAUUUGUUGAAGUGUGUGUGAGGAUGAUGGAGCGGGUCCAUCAGGUAAACAUUGAGUCUGAGGCCAACUUAUCUCAAUUGAACAUUGGAGCAACUGCUACUGAUGUUCCAGAUGAUCCAUUGCUCCCCAGUGCUUCAUCUCAAUUACAUGGAUCUCAAGAUAUCAGAAAUGUUGAAAGUUGGCUUCAACAGUUGAAUCUUUCACAGUAUAAGGUUCUAUUGGACAAUGGUGGCAUAUGUGAUCUCGCUCAAGUUAUUAGUCUUGAUAAUAAUCAAUUAAAGGACCUAGGGGUAUCAAAUUCGUCUCACAGAGAGCAGCUACUAAAUGGAAUCAGCCUCAUUAACACUGCAGCUACCCAACAGCCAUCAAGAGAAGACGAGACAUUCACAUACUCUCAGUCAACGCAGCCGUACAAACCACAGCUUUUAUCUCAAUCCUCUACUGCAAGUGGUAUGUCUAAUAUAAUUAGUCCAAAUACACUGGAGGUUCUAAGAAUACAAGUCAAGAAGACGUAUUCAUCUUCUUCAGGUUCUGAAUCCAAUUAAUAAUUUAUGUGUAUUAUCAUUAUCAUUUUUUCAUUCACUAAUAAUAAUUAUUAUUGCUA